CGGCCCCGUCGCUGGAACACGCGGUGACGCGCCCGGGGCGGGUCCCGCGCCGGUUCCGGUGGCGGCGGCCGCGCGUGCUCGGAGCCGCGGGCAGCGCCAUGGCGGCCGCCUGGAUGCCCACGGUUUCUCGAUUGUUAGGUGCUUUCAAAAACCAAAAACAGGUGACCAGAAGUUUUGGUAGUGCUGUACAGACAGUAACUUUAAUCCCAGGAGAUGGCAUAGGACCUGAGAUUUCUGCUGCUGUCAUGAAGAUCUUUGAUGCUGCCAAGGCUCCGAUUCAAUGGGAAGAGAGAAAUGUUACAGCUAUCCAAGGACCAGGAGGGAAGUGGAUGAUACCUCCAGAUGCCAAAGAAUCCAUGGAUAAAAACAAAAUGGGAUUAAAAGGGCCUUUAAAGACCCCGAUUGCUGCAGGGCACCCAUCAAUGAACCUUCUUCUGCGUAAAACCUUUGACCUGUAUGCAAACGUACGUCCCUGUGUCUCAAUUGAAGGGUACAAAACCCCGUACACAGACGUCAACAUUGUCACAAUUCGAGAGAACACUGAAGGGGAAUACAGUGGAAUUGAGCACGUGAUUGUUGAAGGUGUUGUGCAAAGUAUCAAGCUGAUCACAGAAGCAGCUAGCAAGCGUAUUGCAGAAUUUGCUUUUGAGUACGCCAGAAAUAAUCAGAGAAGCCACGUUACUGCUGUGCACAAGGCAAAUAUUAUGAGAAUGUCCGAUGGGCUUUUCUUGAGAAAAUGCAGGGAGGCAGCAGAAAACUGUAAAGAUAUUAAAUUUAAUGAAAUGUAUCUAGAUACUGUGUGUCUGAAUAUGGUUCAGGAUCCGUCACAGUUUGAUGUGCUUGUUAUGCCAAACCUAUAUGGCGAUAUCCUCAGUGACUUGUGUGCUGGACUGAUUGGGGGUCUUGGAGUAACACCAAGUGGAAAUAUUGGUGCUAAUGGAGUUGCGAUUUUUGAAUCAGUUCACGGAACAGCACCAGACAUUGCAGGAAAAGACUUGGCAAACCCAACUGCCCUUCUUCUGAGCGCUGUGAUGAUGUUGCGCCACAUGGGACUACACCAACACGCCACAAAAAUUGAGACAGCUUGCUUUGAUACAAUUAAAGAUGGAAAGGUCUUGACCAAAGACUUGGGAGGUAGCGCCAAGUGUUCAGAAUUCACAGAGGAGAUCUGCCGCAGGGUACGGGACACAGACUAAACCUUCCUCAUGCUGCUUGUAAUAACUCCAAAAGGACACAUCACAAAAAGUACAUUAAAUGUAACCUGAUAUCCAUACGUGUAAAGUUUGCUUGUCUCUUUAGAGACCAGACUUUUUAGUUAGGGCCUCUCCAUUAAUAAAUUUAGUCCAAAUGGCUACAAAUGAUGCUUGUGCCUGCUUUCAGUGGACUUUUUUAAAAGUGCUUUGUCUUAUUUAUUUUUUUCUAUCCGGUGAACAUUUUUAUGUAAGUGAAUUCUUCUAUUGCCAAUGUAACCAUCUACCAUUUU